AAUAUGAAUAUCAUGCGUCGGUGUUUCAACAUCUGAUCCCCAAGACGUCAUUUCAAAGCAUCUUCUCCUACUGUCUCUCUCUCUGACUCUUAUCUCUCUUCACUGAUAUGGAUCAAAUCCAACACACUCAUGUUGAAGUAAGAGGAGUAAAGCUUCACGUUGCUCAAAUUGGAACAGGUCCUAAGGUGGUGUUGUUCUUGCAUGGAUUCCCAGAAAUCUGGUAUUCAUGGAGGUACCAGAUGAUUGCAGUUGCAAACGCUGGCUACCGAGCCAUUUCUAUCGAUUUCAGGGGCUAUGGACUCUCUGACCACUCAGCUGAGCCCGAGAAAACAACCUAUAUGGACCUUGUUCAUGAUGUUGUUGCUCUUCUCGACUCUUUCACCAUCCAUAAGGUAAAUGCUCUUUCGUCGUUUCAAACUCAUACAAGUACGCUCUGGAUUGGAUUAGCUGGCUGUGUGUGUAUAUAUAUAUAAACCAUAUUAAAGAUU